AACGAAGAUCUGGGCGGCAGAGACUCUGCAGGGAAACCGGGUGGCCACAGGCCAACUGGCGGAUCCUGGCCCAUCUCCCUGUCCCUGCAGAGGGGUGCGGCCAGCUCUCCUCGGGAUCACAACGCCCCCUCGCGGCUCAGACCCGGGAGUGUCCUACUGACCCCCCCAGUAAGGGCGGCAAGGCGGUGCAUCCGUGGGGCGGGGACUCAGAACAAGGUGCUUAGUGCACAUAGACAGGACAGACGACCCAGGCGUGCGCCCCUUGGGAACUGUCCCUGACCAUGGCCGAGGAGCCAGAGCCAGACCUCGAGGCGGCCGAGGACGCAGUGGAGCCGGCCGUGGACGCAGUGGAGCCCGUCGUGGAGAUGCCGAGCUGGAAGGCUCCGGAGGACACAGACCCCCAGCCUGGAAGUUAUGAGAUCCGACACUACGGACCAGCCAAGUGGGUCAGCACUUGUGUGGAGUCUAUGGACUGGGAUUCAGCCAUCCAGACUGGCUUCACAAAACUGAAUGGCUACAUUGAAGGCAAAAACGAGAAAGAGAUGAAAUUGAAGCUGACCGCUCCCGUGACAAGCUGUGUGGAGGCCGGCUCCGGCCCUUUCAGUGAGUCUACCAUUACCAUCUCCCUGCGUGUCCCCUCUGAGCAGCAAUCCGAUCCACCCCGGCCUGCAGAGUCGGAUGUCUUCAUUGAAGACAGAGCUGGAAUGACCGUGUUUGUGCGGUCUUUUGAUGGAUUCUGCAGUGGCCAAAGGAAUCAAGAACAACUUUUAACAUUAGCAAACAUUUUGAGGGAAGAAGGAAAAGUUUUCAACGAAAGGGUCUUUUAUACUGCCGGCUACAGUAGUCCUUUCCAAUUACUUGAUAGAAAUAACGAAGUGUGGCUGAUUCAGACCAAUGAGCCCUCCAAAGAAAACGAGUAAGAAAAUGAAGCUCACUGCCAGGGGCAGAACUCCUGUUGAAUGCAGACAUCAACAGCACCUUAAGUGAAGUAUCUAGUGUCUUCAUAAUGUAAAUACCUGAUGUGCAGGAUAUCUGAUAUGUGACCCCCCAAAGGGGCCACAACUCACAAGUUGAGAACUGCUGUUCUGGGGUGUCUUACCCUAAAUACCAUCCCGAAUCAUGCUUAUUUCCCGUGUGCCUUUUUGAGAUGCUUUAUUUAGGUCCAGGUACCAAGACAUAUCUAUGAAUGGGUCCUAAGUGAGAUGACCUCUGUUUCUGUGAGGAUCCAGGGCAAAGCCAUGCCAUUUCCCUCUUAUCCUGGCUAUUACCAUCAAGUUGCCUUCUUCUGCUUGGAUUUAGGACAUUUGAAUGCUCUACCUUCCAUAUAAUAACAAUAAAAAUGUUCAAGAUUUGUCCUGUGUAGAAGUAAAAUUAAAUAGUCUUACUGCUGCCUCGA